UUGGUAACUCGUUAACAUGGAUAAGAUAAGUUGAGAUUAAUUAGUGUUGACUUAGACUUCUAAGUAGAUCAAAUUAAAAGUACUAGCUAGCUAUAUAUAAACACACAUACAUGAUCAACUUCCAUUAUUUCUCAGCACAAAACUAGCCUAAGAAAAGCAAAAGAGUAGAAUAAUUUUGUUGGAGUUGUUAAUAACUUAAAAGAUGGAUAUUGAUUUGACACCCAAAGUGGCCAAGAAAGUGUACGGAGGAGAUGGUGGGAGCUACCAUGCAUGGUGUCCUAAUGAUCUGCCAAUGCUGAAACAAGGCAAUAUUGGUGCAGCUAAGCUUUCUCUUAACAAGAAUGGCUUUGCUCUUCCCAGCUACUCUGAUUCCGCUAAGGUCGCUUAUGUUCUUCAAGGGAGUGGAGUGGCCGGAAUUGUUCUUCCAGAGAAAGAAGAGAAGGUCCUACCAAUCAAGACGGGAGAUUCUAUUGCUCUUCCGUUUGGUGUUGUGACAUGGUGGUACAAUAAGGAGGACACUGAGCUUGUAGUUCUUUUUCUGGGAGAUACUUCAAAAGCCCACAAAUCCGGUUCAUUUACUAACUUUUACUUGACGGGCUCUAAUGGAAUCUUCACAGGCUUUUCAACUGAGUUUGUAGGCAGGGCAUGGGACUUGGAGGAAAGUGUCGUGAAGACUCUUGUUGGGAACCAGUCUGGUACUGGAAUUGUCAAGCUUGAUGCAGGUUUCAAGAUCACUGAGCCAAGUGAGAAACACCGAAAUGGCUUGGUGUUGAACUGUCUGGAAGCCCCGUUAGAUGUUGAUAUCAAAAAUGGUGGAAGGGUUGUGGUUCUGAACACUAAGAAUUUGCCUUUGGUUGGUGAGGUUGGACUUGGAGCUGAUCUUGUAAGACUAGAUGGAAGUGCAAUGUGUUCUCCUGGAUUUUCAUGUGAUUCAGCAUACCAGGUGACUUACAUUGUGCGAGGCAGUGGUCGUGCUCAGGUUGUUGGAAUAGAUGGGAAACGCGUUCUGGAAACAACUGUUGAGGCUGGUAAUCUGUUCAUUGUGCCCAGGUUUUUUGUGGUUUCAAAGAUUGGCAAUCCUGAAGGUUUGGAAUGGUUUUCUAUCAUAUCUACCCCAAAUCCGGUAUUCACACAUCUAGCUGGAAGCAUUGGCGCAUGGAAGUCCUUGUCUCCUCAAGUUCUCCAGGCAUCUUUCAAUGUGGAUUCAGAUGUGGAGAAGCAGUUCCGCUCUAAAAGGACUGCUGAUGCCAUCUUCUUCCCUCCCCCCAAGUGAAGUGCUGCUGCACAUAUGUUUACUUAAAGCUCUGUAGGCUACCAAUCUUUUUAAUUAUUCAAGUAGUUUUAGGUAUUUUCUUUCCAAAUAAUGUUCAGCAGGCAUAUUUGCUAAACAAAAAUUAUUUCCGCAGUUUGGAUAUUAUUGCUAAAUUGACAAGGAUUUUGCUA